UUAGUGAGUUAGCGAGGGUUAGGUCAUUCAUUCGGUCCCUCAUUCAGUCUUAGUAGAGCAGAGCAUGGCACUUGUUUGCAGGUUCUAUCCUAUGGGAGUCUGCUCUCUUUCAUAAUUUCUCAGCCUUUAUCUGAAUUUCUACCGAGGAUUUUUACCCCUUUUGGAUUUACAAUCAUGAGUUUGCCUGGUCAUCUUACAGGUGUGUCGACGAUGCGAGCUAGUCAAGAUGUCUACGUGGCUGACCUAGCUCACCAAGUCAACAAUAGUGUGACUCUACAGUGCAAUUGUGAUGACUAUAGCUGUGAAGGGACCAAUCGCUGUGAAGCACUUCGGAAAUGUUUCUCAUCAAUAACAGAAGUAGAUGGCAUCAUCAUGAAGAGAAUGGGAUGUGUGAAUACAGAAGAACAGUUCAACAUGUUUUGUAAGAUGCAUCCUUAUCCAGACAUCUCUGUGUUGUGCUGUAAUCGUUCCUUCUGUAAUAAUGAUCUACAACCAACGUUCUUACCAACAACUACACCUCGUAUCACAGAAGAACUUGGUCAAAAGGUCCCUUACAACGUGACCUACACAGUCCUGGGUGUGGUGGGACCAUUGAUAGCCUGUCUCAUUGCACUGACCAUUGCUGCAUACUGCUUCAAACGUCGUCAUCAGCAACGUAUGGAUGAGCUAAGCCAUCAGGAAGCUCAGUAUAGACAGGCUCAUGAUAUCAGGGCUGUCCCUGCAGGAGAUAGUACAUUAAAGGACCUGUUUGAUCAUUCUAAUACAUCUGGCAGCGGAUCUGGGCUUCCCUACCUGGUGCAGAGGACAGUAGCCAGACAGAUCAACCUGCUUCAACAAGUCGGUAAGGGUAGAUACGGUGAGGUAUGGAUGGGUACAUGGCAAGGUGACACUGUAGCCGUCAAGAUCUUCAGUUCCAUUGAUGAGAAAUCCUGGUUCCGUGAGACAGAGAUCUACAACACCGUCAUGCUUCGACAUGAGAACAUCUUAGCCUUCUUUGCAUCAGACAUGACCUCACGUCAAUCCUGCACUCAACUCUGGCUUAUCAUGGAGUACCAUGAACGGGGCUCCCUCUACGACUACCUCAACCGUCAUGUGCUUGAUGCAAGGCAGAUGUGUCGCCUGGCGCUGACGGCCUGCAGCGGUCUUGUUCAUCUUCAUACCGAGAUCACAUGCAACAACAGCAAACCUGCCAUCGCUCAUAGAGACAUCAAAACCAAAAAUAUUCUUGUCAAGAGGAACUUAACGUGUUGUAUCGCCGACCUGGGAUUGGCGGUCCUGCACACGCAGAGGGAGGAUAAUAUUGAUAUGGGAACGAACACUAGGGUUGGGACAAAGAGGUACAUGGCACCAGAGCUACUGGAGGAAACCAUGGAUGUCAGGUGCUUUGAAUCAUUCAAGAGGGUCGAUGUAUAUGCAUUUGGCUUGGUCAUGUGGGAAAUUGCUAGGAGAUGCGAAGUAGGAGGUAUGGUAGCAGAUUACAAGCCUCCGUUCUUUGAGUAUGUACCCAGUGAUCCAAGCUUUGAUGAUAUGAGGAAAGUUGCUUGUAUUGAGAAACUCAGACCAAAUAUACCAAACAGAUGGACCAACAAUACAGUGUUAACAUCAAUGGCCAAGUUAAUGAAGGAAUGUUGGUGUCCUACCGCUUCAGCUCGACACACCUCACUCAGGGUUAAGAAGACUCUCAUGAAGAUCUCUGAAACAUGUCCCAAGCUAACUGAUCCUUAUCAUUGGGAAAAGAUCAUCGCCUAAAACAUCAUUCAUACAUUCUACACUGUCAUGAAGAUCUCUGAAACAUGUCCCAAGCUACCUGAUCCUUAUCAUUGGGAAAAGAUCAUCGCCUAAAACAUCAUUCAUCAUACAUUCUAAGAACUGCUUGCAAUUCCUUGUUCAGAAGGGUAAAAGAAGUGGUAGGUUUUUACAGAGAGGACAGAGAAGUGACGAUGAACAUGUUCCUUGAAGAUUUGCGAGUGAUAGGAGGCAAGAAUUGUGCUAAUAUUGUUGUCUCCUUGUAUCUCCUGUAUGUAAUGAAGAGUGAACUCUGUUUGGCAUUGGAUGUGCCGUCAUAGAGUUUCAAGCUAGAUGAAAAGGUUUCAUGAUUGAAUCAUGAAGAGAACAAGCUUGGUAGCGCUAUCAUUGCUCUUUGGCUUCAUGUUCCCAGUCCGGAGGUGGUAACUCAAAGUUCUGAAACUAUCUUUCUUUUUUAGUGAGAGGUCUUUUAUUUGUUACAACAAAUCUGAAUUAUGAUGAGUCGUUGGUUAAUGACUGCAUUAGGUGACUGCAUAUGUUUGUAGUCAUACAAAUAUCAACACAAAUCAAUAUGAAAUCAAUGAUUCAUUGUGAUUUCAAGUUGUUAUGACAAUUCGAAACCCCUUAAUUUUGCAAGUUUUUUGAUCCGGGACAAAUGCUUACCCAAAGCUGUCUUUGCUGAAGCAUGUACAGAGAGAUAUGCAGAUGAUAUGUCAGGCUACAAGGAUUAUGUUUGGAAGGAAUGUGGAAAACACAGUAGAGGGAAUUAACUGGGCAGUAAUAACAGUAUUGAGAAAAAGUAAAGAAAACAGGAAAGUUAAGUGUACAAAAUGUAUUCAACCUACAGUGACCCAAGCAGAAAUGUUGGAGAGGAUGGAAGGCUAAAUAGUACACUUGCCUAAGCUCAAUCGCAUUUGAGUAAUGGAUCAAACGGUCACCUUGCAUUAAUUACAAAGUUUAUCAUUGAUAUAUUAUCAGAGUAGAACCUCUGACUGACCUGUCUAUAUAUCACAGAUGUGGCAUGUCUUUUUAAGAAUUGAUGCCUGUGUUUUAUAUAGAGUCCUGUAAAUAGAGUAACCUUUGUAUAUAGACCAAGAAAUUAUUGCUGAAUGUAAAAUUUGAAUUCUUCAGAGGGUAUUAUGUUGCUUUGUACAGCUAAUGUAAAUGCAUCAUGUAUUGUUAAAUGUUUUGGCUGUUUGGAGGGAGCUAUUGCUUCUAUCAAUUUGGCAGUGAAUUGAAUUAUCAAACAAUUAUUAUGUGAAAUGACAAUUACCAAAUUCAAAAUAUAAAUGUUAGUAUCAGUUGAAAAUGUGUAGUUAUGAAAGUUGAGUGUCUUUUUCAGACAAUGUAAUCUGUAUUUUUGGUAAUUCUCAGAAACAGUACCCAUAUCUUCGGUUAUUUUGAUACUGCAUCAAUAUAAAUUUGUGUGGUUUCCAAACAUUUCACUGCUUGCUAAACACAAUUUUAUUCAUUUUUUUUCCCGAUAAAACAAUCAUCUCUAUUUCUAGUAUAGCAUCUUUGAGGCAUAAAUAGAGUUACUGAAAAAGAAAGACUUCAUUUGAAAAGAAGUACCUUAAUAUAAAAUGUGAAAAUCACAUCAGAAUAGCAGCAGCAGUGUAAAAAAUAUUGUUGCUAGAGUGGUAUGAAUAGAAUAUUGUUUUAGAUGUAAUGAUGGAUUAUUGUAUGGAUUCCUUGUUAUAUCAGAGAUUAUCUGUGUAGUGGAAGUUGAUCUUUUAUUUGUGCCUUUCUUUUUAUAUCAUUUCAUUUCAUCAGAUGGCAUGCAUUUCUGGGUAUUAUGUACAUGCUGACAUCAGUUUUUGUAUUUAUUAUUGUUACUUGCCUUUCAAUCUUAAAAAGCCAGUCAUGGAAUGUGUAUUUAUGUGUUAAGUGAAGAUGGAAUCUAUCCAAGUAAACGUGAAUGAUAUUUCUUCUUUGGCAUUACUUAGGUGGUCAAUUUCAGCUUCCUAAUCUGUGACUUUUCAUUUUCCCCACUCAAGCACAAAACUGCCCCUACUUGCUUGUAAGAGGCUUUCUUUUUGGAAUACUUGCUAUCAGACAAAUAAUGCUAGUCAAAGUUUCAAGAUGACUUGUGAAAUACUGAAGCAAGUUUUUAAGGACUUUAUUGAGAAUUUUGUUCGAUGGAAGUAGUAAAUAUACAAGGAUCAUGUACUUGGAAGACAUGCUCUGAAUUUCUCACUGCGCAUGAGCAGAGAAUUGGGAGGUAUGCAUGUGGAUGUGACAAAUGGAAAGUCACAAUGUCCUCCUGGUCAAAAAGCUAGGACUAAUUAACAAAUAGCUUGCUUCUCUUUUCAUGUAUGACUCCCCCAAUGAGGACAUUAUUGGAUAAUCAUUCUGGUUACAGUAUUGCUAGGUAUUCUAUGCUUUAGGAGAACUUUCUCAAAUUCAUGUGACUCUUGUGUUUCUUUCUGUCUCUAUUUUCUCUGACUCUCCAUUUCUCUGCUCUGUCUUUCUUUCACUCCGUCGUUCUCUUUGUCUGUCUCUGUCUGUCUCUGUCUGUCUCUCGUUCUGUCUCUCUCAGUGUCUCCUGCUCUCUGUCCUAUGUCUGUUGUAUGGACAUGGAGACUCCCACCUGUCCCAUCUUCUCUAUCAACAUGUCUUGAUUGGUCACUAAUUGGUUGAGGUCAGUUUGCUUUGAGAACCAUUCUCAGGCCGGCCAAGAAGAGUUCCACACUAAUUAAAGAUAUGGCAUUCCAUCAUCACUAGAGAUUCCUGUGGUUCGGUUCAAGAAGGGUUACAGAGGCUGAUUAAUUAUUAGAGUAGUUAAAAGGUAUGUUUUUGUAUGUCUAGAUAAGGGUUUAUCAAACAUGUUACAAGCAAACAUCAGAUCAAUUUCUGAAAUGGGAAAGUUUUAAACGGGAUCUAGGCAUUAAAAGACAAAAUCAAAGCAAAACAAAUCAUCUAAAGAGAACAGGUACAUCGAGUGCAAGUGUUGAUGUAUCCUGACUUUUAAUUUAUCAGUUAUUGGCAUAAGAUACAUUUUUAUACAAUAUCUGGUUUUUGCAGAAUAGUAAGUUCAGAGAAUAAUGUGCAAUUGCUUAGUAGUGUAGUUGGUCAUAAUUUAGUAAAAAUCUUUAUAUCCAGAAUAUAGCCCUUGAGGUAGGUUUAACGAACUACUGCCAUGCUUGUAGUAGCAAUGCUUGCAUUAUAACAUUGUGUUUGAAAAGAUACAACCCUUCAAAUUUGCUAAAGAUUUGAGAAGCAUUAACAAAAACGAUCUCUUAUCCAGGAAUUAGUUGGUCUAAAUGCCUCAUAUGUGGAAAUAUUUUGUUGAUGUGGAUUUACAGCAACUGAAGAUGCUUCUGCUUCCUUGUCAUGGGUUUACAUGUUCUGUACAAGUUUAUACAGCCCUCUCUAAAGUCUUAGACAGAGCUAGGAUAAGGGUAGAGUUAUAUAUGGAUGGAGAUGCUCUAUUUAAGAUUUCAAUUGCUGUAUAUAAUGAGUUUGCAUGUAAAAUGAGUUAUGAAAACACUUUUCAUACAUGCAUGUUUCCUCACUGAUGCAGUAAGACAUGGAACUCGAAGCUAUCUUGUUAUAUAAUCUUGCACUGAGGUAUUUCAGCUAUUGCAUGGUGAUACGAAUCAAUCUCAGAUAUGAUAUGAUCUAUUUUUGUGACAUGAACAAGUUUCACUUUCUUGUAUGGAAAUAUCAUGGAUAUAUUAAUUUUCACAUUGAUCAAACUUCUUUGUAAAUUGUUCUUUAUUAUAUUACUGUUGUUUAAUAUAUAAGGAGAGGAAAUCUUUCUUAUUCUUGUUUAAAGUGUUAAGAUCGUGAUAUGAAUUGUGUAUGUAUGAUAUAUAUAUUUGUAAAUAAUGAUGCUAAAAUUUAUAAUUUUCACGUAAAUGUUUUGUUAUUGUUGAUAUGUAUCUAUGGUUAUGUCAUACUUUCAUUUGAUUUCUUUUUCACAUUUGUGAUAUUCAGAUAGAUAAAAUUUUGCAGAUCAGUAUUAAAGGCAUAUCUAGGUAAAACAUA